CCUUUCUCCCUUUCUCUCUCGCAUGCUCUCUACUAGGCCCGAACGAUGACGGCAGGGGCUCGGGGAAUGGUGGUCGACGGCGGCAGGGGGGUCGGGCUGUUCGGCGGCAGGGGGCUCGGGGCUGGGCUCGACAGCAACGACUGGUGGCUUGUGGCUGGGCUCGACAACAACGACUGAUGGCUCGGGGGGGCUCGACGGCGGGUGGGGGGGUCUCGGGUCUGGGCUCGACGGCGCAGGGGCUGGGCAGAGGGCUGUUUGGCUUCGGGACUUUGAGAGACACGAGAGCUAUGGCCAUGGAGAGGAUCUAUCUCGGUGGAAAGGGGAAAGCUUUUGGUGAAAAUAGCUUCUCUCUCAGAUGCUCUAUCUCUCUCAUAUCAGAACCUGGCUUCACAUUUAUGGCUGCUAAUUUUGAUGGAAUACUUGGACUUGGAUUUCAAGAGAUCUUGGUUGGAAAUGUUGUUCAGGGUUCUACCAGAUUCACUUUGAUCAAAGGCUAUAUGAAGGUGGCCAUACUCACGUAUUUGAGUGUACAUCAAAGCUGGCCAUUUAAACUUAAAUGUGCAAUUUUCAUUUCGAACUCCCAUGAUGCUGUGGAUGUCCAUGACAAUUUAGCUGCUGAAGCUGAACAUGGUGAUGCUUCCAGAAAGGAAAGGUCCUUAGUUCAAGGUGUAGAACAGGUCUAUAUUGAGAUGCAUUUCUUUGGCGUAAUACUAGACAACAUUGACAAUUGAAGUUUUUAGAAUAAAAAAUAUAUUUCACUAACAUUGUAUACAUUUCUUGUUUAAUAUUUGUCGAUGAUAAAAUUUGAUUGUAGUAUAAACUAUCAUGUAAUAUGAUUUUGUAAGCCGAGUAGACUAAAUACUGAAAUGAUAUUUUUGAUUAAUUAAUAAAAAAUUAUUUUGUUGUA